UUGACUAAAUUUCUAUAGAUAGAUGAUAGAAAGUAAAUGCUGUAUCUAUGCGGCAUUAUUUAAAUAAUGCCUAAAUAUUACAGAUUCCGGGCCACCACGCCCACAAGAAGAAUUAAACGAUGUAAAGGGAAAGACAAGGAUUUAGAGCAACACAAACCACAAACCAUCGACAACUGGCUGGACCUCUCCUGCUCCUCUGUCCAGUCCUGGUACCUGCGUCGCACGUGGUGGAGGGAGCCCAUCUGCCCUGAUCUCCCCAAGCAGACCUGGUGGCGGGAGCCCAUCUCCCCCGAUCUCCCCAAGCAGCUGGUGAGCCUGCGAGUGAACAUGCUGACCUCUAACCGCCACGGUUUCUUUAUACUUCCAAGUGGGUUGUGAUGAGGUUGAAGUUCAAGGUCAUACACGGGAAUAAGAUAUUAUGUGUUUGGUUUUUCGUUUUGGUGUCUAAUGUUUAUGGUGUAUUUUAUUUUAUUCCAAUAGCAAAAAAACUAACUAAUUAGUCAUGUUUUUAGUUAAAAUAUUCGUGAACGAGUCGAGUUUCUAAAUUUUGUUUUGUGAGAUGAUUAUCUCUUAUUACGUUGAUUUGUUGUGAUGUAUUUUCCGCUGAACUUGUUAGAUGAUAAAUCUCAAGAUGUCAAUAAAGUCUUAAUAAUUGAAA